AUGAUCUUCGAACCUGCCGAGCGAGUUGAACUCCCAACAAAGGAUCUCCUUUCCUAUAUUUUUGACGCCCCGCCGUAUGACCAGGAUAAGCCGGUUUUUAGCGAUGUUAACAACCCGACUCGCACAAUCUCUUGCAAUCAGGCUCGAAAGACCAUUAGACAGCUGAUUGCGGGUUUACGAGCUGCGGGUUUCCGUCCUGGAGAGUGUGCAUUGAUCCAUUCUUUCAACGACAUCAACUAUACUCUCCUGGUCCUUGCAAUCAUUGGGGCUGGUGGAAUUUUCACAGGCGCCAACCCAGCAUACACCGCCAAUGAGAUUGCCCACCAUCUCAAAGCAUCGGAGAGCACGUACGCUAUUGUAGAGCCCGAGCUCCUCAAGCAAUUUCACGCAGGUGCUAAACAGGCCGGCCUGCCGGCCCAAAAUAUCUGGGUCUUCGACAACCUCGGCCAAGCAAUCCCGCCGGGCGAGAAAUCCUGGACGAAGCUUCGUGAACAUGGCGAGGAAGAUUGGGUGCGGUUUAACGACUUGAAGACAGCCUCAGAAACCAGCGCCGCUCGCCUCUUCAGCAGUGGCACAACCGGUCUCCCUAAAGCCGUCAAGAUUACCCACUACAACCUGAUAGCGCAGCAUGAGCUAGCCUAUACUGACCGCCCCUACGAGGUCUCACGGCUCAUCGCUCUCCCUGUUUUCCACGCAGCCGUCGCCCCCGUCACCCACAUCACAACCCUAAAGACCGGCCAGACAGUAUACAUGAUGCGCCGCUUCGAACUAGAACUCUUUUUGCAAUCGAUUGAUAAAUAUAACAUUCCCGAACUCUCCCUCGUCCCACCCAUUGUCAUCGCAAUUUUGAUGUCCCCUCUCUCCAAGAAGCACCCAUUCCUCAAAAAGACCCGUGCCGCCGCUUCUGGCGCCGCCCCACUGGACAAGGACGUCCAGGCUCGCUUCCGUGCUCUCAUGGGUGACGGCAGCCCCUUCACCCAAGUCUGGGGCAUGACCGAGACAUGCUGCGUGGCGACCACGUUCCGAUACCCCGAGCACGACGACACGGGGUCGAUCGGGCGCUUGAUCCCUAAUCUGGAAGCAAAGCUCAUCGAUGACAACGGCAAUAACAUCUCAGCGUACGGCGUCCGCGGCGAACUCUGUGUUAAGGGACCAACUGUCACACCGGGCUACCACAACAACCCCGCGGCGAACGCCGAGUCCUUCGAUGCCGACGGGUGGUUCAAAACGGGCGACAUCGCCUACUGCGACGAGGCCACCAAGAAAUGGUAUAUCGUCGACCGAAAGAAGGAGCUGAUCAAGGUGCGCGGGUUCCAGGUUGCACCGCCGGAGCUGGAAGCAGUUCUUCUGGCGCACCCGCACAUUGUCGAUGCUGCUGUUAUUGGCAUCACGUUCCCGGGUGCGGAUACGGAGUUCCCUCGUGCUUAUGUGGUCAAGCGGCCGGGUGAGGGGGAUAAGCUUACGGAAGAGGAGGUGCAGAAGUAUGUGCUGGAGCGGCUGGCUAAGUACAAGGCGCUUACGGGUGGAGUAAAGUUUGUGGAUUCCGUUGGGCGCAAUGCUAGUGGGAAGAUUCUGAAGAAGAAUCUGAGAGAGGCUGCUAAGAGGGAAAUUGCUGCUGGGACAAUUAAGCCUCGUCUUUGA